AGAGAGAGAGAGAAAGAGAGAGGGGGGGAGGGGAGUACCAUUACCACCACCUACCCUCCUGUCAAAAAUAUUAACCACGGAUUGAGCCCCGGCUGUUUAACCCCUCACCCCAAACGCUGGAUUAGCCACGUGGCCGCGUGCCAGUGGCCGGACCGGCGACAGGACCCACGCGUCAGGAAAUUUACCGUGCCCGGCUAUAUAACCGCGCGGCACUUUACCGGGGGUUACCCCCUGUCCCUGUCGCCUCCUCACGUUUUAUCGCCCCGCGCCGCGCCCCCCGGUCAAGUACACUACCCGAGUGUACGCUGUCUGCCGUGCCGCCCGCCGUUGGAUGCGCCUCGCCGCCGCCGGCAAUGGCCUCCGCCGUCGCUAGCAACGUGCACGCGGGACCCGCCGCCGCGGGAGCCAUGUCGUUCGGGUGGCUCGGCCCGCGCCUGUCGUUCGGCGGCGGCCGCGACGCCCUCGCGUCGGUCGUGGAGGUGGAGGAGCCCAAGGCCGAGCCGGCGAUCUCCAAGGACUUCAUCGACUUCGAGUUCAGCCUCGGGGGGUCGGCCACCAUGCUGCCGGCCGACGAGCUGUUCGCCAACGGGAAGCUGCUCCCUCUCAGGCCGCAGGCUGCCGCGGGGAAGGCGGCGGCGGCGGCGGCGGAGGGGGACCGGGAGGUGGAGCGGGAGAGGGAGCGGCGGGACACGGCGCUGGUCGCGGAGAUCCCGCCGUCCACGCCGGAGCGGGUCAAGGCGCUGCAUCCCGCGGCGGCCGAGGCGGCGCUCGACCCGUACGUGUUCUCGCCCAAGGCGCCGACGUGCUCCAGCCGGUGGCGGGAGCUGCUGCGGCUCAGGAAGGUGCAGACGCCGCAGAAGCCGUCCCUGUCCGCGUCGCCCGCGCCUCCUGCUACCGCGGCGACCCCGUCGAGGGCGUCCAACUCCUCCGCGGCCAGGUCGCUGAAGCUCCUCCUCCUGCAGCGGAACGGCGGCGGCCGCGCGUCGGGCGCCGCCGCGUCGGACCUCUCUGCGGCGCCGCUCCUCCGCGACAGCUCCGACUCGGAGGCGUCGCUCUCCCUCGCCUCCUCCCGCUUCUCGCUCUCGUCGUCCUCCUCCUCCUCCGCCCACGACCACGACGACUUCCCGCGCCACUCGCUCGACUCCGUCGACCCCACCCCGCGCCCCCGCAUCCGCCUCGUCCGCUCCCGCCCCCAGGCGGCGCCCCAGCCGCACGCACCCACCGCCGUCGCCGCGGCCUCCGCGCCCCCGCGCGCCGGCCACAGCCCCGCCCGCCGCUGCCUCUCCACGCCGCAGGCACCGCCUCCACCGAGCGUCGUCACCGUGGACUCCCCGCGCAUGAACGCCUCCGGGAAGAUCGUGUUCCAGGGCCUGGAACGCAGCUCCAGCUCCCCCGCCGGCAGCGUCCACUCCUCGAUGCGGUCGCGCUCCCGCGUCAUGGACCGGUCCUACUCCGCCGGCGUCCGCGCCACGCCGGUCGUGCUCAACGUCCCCGUCUGCUCGCGGCCGGUGUUCGGGUUCUUCAAGGACAAGAAGGACGCCGCGGCCAAGGACGCCGGCUCCGCGCGGCCGCGGUCCGCGCUCGGCCGGAGAACGCCGGUUGCCGGAGUGAGCUGCCGAGAUCUCGGCAAUGGUAACUGACAUCGCCUUUGACUAAGCUAGUAUCAUUAGCCGUAGCAGUAGCUAGUAGUUUCUCAGUCCGAAAAAGAGAGAAGAAAACAGAUCAAAAAAGAGUUUGAGAAAUUUGGGUGGUAAGUGAGAGAUUAGUUUGAGAUCUGGAGUUUGAGAAUGAAACGAUUUGGGAGGAUAGUUCGGUGAGCAGCUGAUUUUGCUUUGUGAGGCUAGAGUUUUCCGAGCAAACGAUUAACAACCCGCCCGUUUUGCUCCUGUAAAUUCUGUCCGUCUCGUCUUGUGUGUGUGUGUGUGUUUUUUUUUGCUACCCUUCCAUCUUUGAUCCUUCAAUCCGCUGUACCUUGUACUUGCUUGUGAGCACAAUUGAUCUCAACCCUCUCGAACUGAAUUUCCCAAGUGAGAAGAACGGAAAAGCUUUUGCGUA